AACUCUCCCAUUAGGACCUUGUAUGCAAAAGCUAAUUGAGAAAGGCUAGAUUCUCCUUGGUUUGAUAGCUCCUAAUGUUUUGAUAAGUCCAGCCAGCCAUCUGCAGCUACAAACUCCCUGCUGAGUUGCUGGCGGGGAUACAAAGAAACGAAAAACAGCGAAGAAACCACCAUGUGAUGUGAGCCCGGAGUUUUCUGGCAGCCCGGCUGAAGGAGGACCAUAAUCCUUUUCGGAAAUCAUUCUAAAACGGAGCUAUUCGCAAUAAACAUGAAAUUAAAAGCAUGAUGUAGUAGUGAUCCAAAAGGAAUGUGAAUUCUUCUCCAGGACAUGCAGAGACCUGUGGACGAACUAUUUCUAGAUUCUUGCUCCAGCUUUCCUGAGAGUCAGAAUGAUCAAGAGGCACUUAAGUGUGGGUCAGCAAACAUGGGCUCUCCUCUGCAAGAAUUUUCUGAAGAAAUGGAGGAUGAAGAGAGAGACCUUGUUGGAAUGGUUUUUCUCAUUUCUUCUAGUAUUGUUUGCAUACCGACUUUCCUCCAAUUUACAUCAAGUUAAUGACUUUCCUCAAUUGCCUGCAAUGAAUCUGGGACGUGUAGAUAAUUUUAAUGACUCUAAUUAUGUGAUUGCAUUUGCCCCUGAAUCCAAAACAACCCAGGAGAUCAUGGAAAAAGUGGCUUCAGCCCCAUUCAUGAAAGGAAGAAGAAUCAUGGGGUGGCCAGAUGAGAAAAGCAUGGAUGAUUUGGAUUUAAACUACUCUAUAGAUGCAGUAAAAGUCAUCUUUAAUGAUACAUUCUCAUAUCAUCUGAAGUUUGUCUGGAGAGGGAGAAUCCCCAAGAUGAAGGAACACAGAGACCAUUCAGCUCAUUGUCAAGUAAUGGAUGAAAAAGUCACAUGUGAAGGUUCCAUGUUCUGGGAGAAAGGUUUUGUAGCUUUUCAAGCUGCCAUUAAUGCUGCUAUUAUAGAAAUCACAACAAAUCAUUCAGUGAUGGAAGAGCUGAUGUCAAUCACUGGUAUAAACAUGAAGAUAUUACCUUUUGUUGCCCAAGCAGGAGUUGCAACUGAUUUUUUCAUAUUCUUCUGCAUUAUUUCUUUUUCCACAUUCAUUUACUAUGUAUCAGUCAAUGUUACACAAGAAAGACAAUACAUUAAGUCAUUGAUGAUGAUGAUGGGCCUUCGAGAGUCAUCAUUCUGGCUCUCCUGGGGUUUGAUGUAUGCUGGCUUCAUCUUUAUUGUGGCUACUUUGAUGGCUCUUAUUACAAAAUCUGCCCAAGUUGUCGUCCUAACUGGCUUCAUGGUGGUCUUCACCCUCUUUCUCCUCUAUGGCCUGUCUUUGAUAACUUUAGCUUUCCUGAUGAGCGUGUUGAUAAAGAAACCUUUCCUUACUGGGUUGGUUGUCUUUCUCCUUACUGUCUUUUGGGGGAGUCUGGGAUUCACUGCAUUGUACAGACAUCUUCCUGCAUUUUUGGAAUGGACCUUAUGUCUUCUUAGCCCUUUUGCUUUCACUGCUGGAAUGGCCCAGCUUAUACAUUUGGACUAUGAUGUGAAUUCUAACAUCCAUUUGGAUUCUUCCGACAACCCAUACCUAAUAAUAGCUACUCUUUUCAUGCUGGUUUUUGAUGGUCUUCUGUAUUUGGCUUUGACAUUAUAUUUUGACAAAAUUUUGCCCACUGAAUAUGGACAUCGACGUUCUCCUUGGUUUUUCCUGAAUUCCUCUUCUUGGUUUCAACACCAAAGGGCUGAUCAUGUGGCCCUUGAGAAUGAAACAGAUUCAAAUUCUUCAUCCAAUGACUCUUUUGAACCGGUGUCUCCAGAAUUCCAUGGGAAAGAAGCCAUCAGAAUAAGAAAUCUUAAUAAAGAAUAUAGAAAAGGAAAACAUGAAAAAGUAGAAGCCUUGAAAGGUCUGGUAUUUGACAUAUACGAAGGCCAGAUCACUGCCCUCCUUGGUCACAGUGGAGCUGGGAAAACCACCCUGUUGAAUAUAUUCAGUGGACUAUCCGUCCCAACGUCAGGUUCGGUCACCAUCUAUAACCACACACUUUCAGAAAUGGCUGACUUGGAAGGCAUCAGCAAGCUCACUGGAGUCUGUCCACAAUCCAACGUGCAAUUUGGCUUCCUCACUGUGAAAGAAAAUCUCAGGCUUUUCGCUAAAAUAAAAGGGAUUCAGCCACAUGAAGUGGAACAAGAGAUACAACAAAUUUUAAGGGACUUGGAGAUGGAAAAUAUUCAAGAUAUUCUUGCUCAAAAUUUAAGCGGUGGACAAAAAAGGAAACUAACUUUUGGGAUUGCCAUUUUAGGAGACCCUCAGGUUUUGCUGUUGGAUGAACCAACUGCUGGGUCAGAUCCUCUUUCAAGGCACCGUGUAUGGAACCUCCUAAAAGAGAGGAAAUCCAAUAGAGUUAUUCUCUUCAGUACUCAGUUCAUGGAUGAGGCUGACAUCCUGGCUGACAGGAAGGUGUUUAUAUCCAAUGGGAGACUGAAGUGUGCAGGCUCUUCUCUAUUCCUGAAGAAGAAAUGGGGCAUUGGCUACCAUUUAAGUUUGCAUCUGAAUGAAAUGUGUGAUCCAGACAGUAUAACAUCACUUGUUAAACAACACAUCCCUGAUGCCAAAUUAAGGGCACAGAGUGAAGAAAAGCUUGUAUAUAUUUUGCCUUUGGAGAGGACAAACAAAUUUCCAGAUCUUUACAGGGACCUUGAUAGAUGCUCUAACCAAGGCAUUGAGAAUUAUGGCGUUUCCAUGACAACUUUGAAUGAAGUGUUCUUGAAAUUAGAAGGAAAAUCAGCUACUGAUGAAUCAGAUGCUGGAAUUUGGGGAGAGUUACAAAGUAAUAGGACAAAAGACAUAGGAAGCCUUGUUGAGCUGGAACAAGUUUUGUCUUCCUUUAAGGAAACAAAGAAAUCCAUCCAUGGCAUGGCUCUCUGGAGACAACAGCUCUCUGCAGUAGCAAAAGUUCGCUUCCUCAAGUUAAAGAAUGAAAAAAAAACCCUGUUGACCAUAUUAUUGCUUCUUGGUAUCAGCUUUUGCCCUCAGCUUUUAGAGCAUCUAUUCUAUGAGUUAUAUCAAAAAAGUUAUUCUUGGGGACUGGCUCCUGAUAUGUACUUCCUCUCACCGGGACAACUGCCUCAAGCUCCUCUGACCCACUUACUGGUCAUCAAUAAAACAGGGUCAAGUAUUGAUAACUUUAUACAUUCACUGAGGCAACAGAACAUAGCUUUGGAAGUGGAUGCGUUUGGAACCAGAAGUGGCCCAAACGAGCCAUCAUACAAUGGUGCUAUCACUGUGUCAGGUGAUGACAAGGAUCACAGAUUCUCAAUAGCAUGUAAUACCAAAAGGCUGAAUUGCUUUCCUGUCCUCAUGGAUAUCAUCAGCAAUGGGCUACUUGGAAUUUUUAAUUCUUCAGAACGCAUUCAGACUGAUAGAAGUACAUAUUUUGAAGAGCACAUGUCUUAUGAGCAUGGGUACCUGAGUAACUCCUUCUUCUGGAUCCCGGUGGCAGCCUGUUUCACUCCAUACAUUGCGAUGAGCAGCGUCGGUGACUAUAAGAGAAAAGUUUACUCCCAGCUACGGAUUUCAGGCCUCUACCCUUCUGCUUACUGGUUUGGCCAGGCGCUGAUGGAUAUUCCCCUCUACUUCUUGAUCCUCCUUCUGAUGCAAAUAAUGGAUUAUGUUUUUAGCCCAGAUGAGAUUAUAUAUAUAAUUCAAAACCUGUUAGUUCAGAUCUUAUGUAGUAUUGGAUAUGUCUCAUCUCUGGUUUUCUUGACAUACGUGAUUUCAUUCAUUUUUCGCAAUAGGAGAAAAAAUAGUGGUAUUUGGUCAUUUUUCUUCUUAAUUAUCACCAUCUUCACAAUAGUUGCUACAGAUAUAAAUGAAUAUGGAUUUCUAGGGUUAUUUCUCUGCACUAUAUUAAUACCACCUUUCUCACUGAUUGGUUCUCUGUUCAUUUUCUCUGAGAUUUCUCCUGACUCUAUGGAUUACUUAGGGGCUUCAGAACAUCAAAUCGUGUUCCUGGCACUGCUAAUACCUUACCUUCACUUUUGCAUAUUCAUUUUUGUUCUCCGGUGUCUGGAAGUGAGCUUUAGAAAGAAAUCAAUGAGAAAAGAUCCCGUGUUCAGAAUUUCCCCAAGAAGCAGUGGCAUUUUUCCAAACCCAGAAGAACCCGAAGGAGAGGAUGAAGAUGUUCAGAUAGAAAGAAGGAGAACCACAAAUGCUAGGACCAUUGCAGACUUUGAUGAGAAACCCGUCAUCAUUGCUAGCUGCCUGCGGAAGGAAUACACAGGCAAGAAGAAAGACUGCUUCGCUAAGAGGAAGAAAAAAGUGGCCAUAAGAAAUGUCUCUUUCUGUGUUAAAAAAGGUGAAGUUAUAGGGCUCUUAGGAUACAAUGGAGCUGGCAAAAGUACAACUAUUAAGAUGAUAACUGGAGAUACAAAUCCAACCGCAGGACAGGUGAUUUUGAAAGGGAGCAGUGAGGGGGAUUCCCUCGGGUUCCUGGGAUACUGUCCUCAGGAGAAUGUGCUCUGGCCCAACCUGUCAGUGAGGGAACAUCUGGAGGUCUUCGCUGCCAUCAAAGGGUUGGAGAAAGGGGACGCAACAGUCACCAUCACACGGUUGGCGGAUGCGCUCAAGCUGCGGGACCAGCUGAAGCAGCCCGUGAAGGCUUUAUCUGAGGGAAUAAAGAGGAAGCUCUGCUUUGCGCUGAGCAUCCUGGGAAAUCCAUCGGUGGUGCUUCUGGACGAGCCCUCCACCAGCAUGGACACCGAGGGGCAGCUGCAAAUGUGGCAGGCGAUCCGGGCCACCUUUAGGAACACGGAGAGGGGCGCCCUCUUGACCACCCACUACAUGGCAGAGGCGGAGGCCGUGUGUGACCGCGUGGCCAUCAUGGUGUCUGGAAGGCUGAGGUGUAUUGGUUCCAUACAACACCUGAAAAGCAAAUUUGGGAAAGAUUAUCUGCUCGAGUUGAAGGUGAAGAACCCUGCCCAGGUGGAGCCCCUCCACUGUGAAAUUCUGAGACUUUUCCCCCAGGCUGCUAGGCAGGAAAGGUACUCCUCCCUGAUGGUCUAUAAGUUGCCCGUCAAGGAUGUGUGUCCCUUAUCGCAAGCUUUCUUCAAAUUAGAGAUAGUUAAACAGAGCUUCGACCUGGAGGAGUACAGUCUCUCCCAGUCCACCCUGGAGCAGGUUUUCCUGGAGCUCUCCAAGGAGCAGGAGAUGGAUGACUUUGAUGAACUUGACUCUUCGGUGAAGUGGAAGCUUCUCCCACAGGAAGACCCUUGAAGUCCCAAAUACCCUAUUUUUUAAAAAAAUCUUAUGCCUCUUUUUAAAUAUAAUAUUUUAUAUCAUUAAUAUAUCUUAUCUCAGAUAUGAUACAAAAUGCUUUUGGAAUUCAUGUCACCAUUUUUCUCAAUAACAUGACGUCUAUCAGGACUAAGGAGGAAAGUCAGUGAGAACAAUCUUGAAACUGACCAUGGGGGCCUCUGUGCCAACAACUAAACCCCACGUGUCAUAGGGAAGUAAAUUAAAAAUGCAUUUGUUACAAAAUGUUUGGGCUUCUCAAGAUGAUACAGAGAUUGCUUUAUUUUCUUUGCUUAAACAUCAAAAUAUUGAAUAUUUUCUUAUCCUUUUGAAUGAAGUAAGGACAAAGUAAGACCCAAUCUUGAUUUAGGGGGGAUAGAGCCAGUGACUGCAGAAUAACAUGGUAUUUGCUUUUUUUUUUAAGUUUUUAUUUAAAUUCCAAUUAGUUAACAUGCAGUGUAAUAUUAACUUCAGCUGUACAAUAUGGUGACACAGCACUUUCAUACAACACGCACCGCUCAUCCCAACAAGUAUUUGCUUUCUGUAAUUCAGAGUUUGUUUGGUUCUUUUUUUUUUUUCAGCUUAUUCAUAAUACAUGGAUUUUCCUUUUCUGUCAUUUUUCACAUUUUAUAUUGUACAGUCUAUGUUCUGUCUAUUGUGACUAUCAAGGAAUUUGAAAACCUGUUAAAAUAAGUAAUUUCAGUAAGAAUUUGAAUAAUCAAUUUGAUGGAAGUUUAAAAAUGAUGUAUCUCACAAUUUUGAAACAUAUUUAUGAUUUGAUAGGUUUUCUUAUGAUGUAAGGGUAUAGCAGAUCUUAAUUUCUCAUGUUUAUGUGUCUUAUGACUUCUUUAACUGGUGACCUUCUAAAUACCUUAAAAUCUGUGCAAUAUACUUAUAUGUUCUUAUUUAGGUAAG